GGCGAAACUAGUAAACUCGAAUGUAAACAUUUCAGCACGAUCCGGGAACCCUGUGAUAACAGAUAUCACAAAUUCACAACUCUUCCGUUCAUGCAGAUCAGUGCAUAAAACUGCAAUAAUUUGUCUUAAUAUUUCAUCAACUGAGUUCCUGUCUUUGACACUUGCUGUUCUGUCAUUGUUAGAAUGGAGAGUCUUAACUCAACGGAAACCAAUAAUUCCAGUGACGGUAUUGUUGAAACCACUGACGUAUCCUCCCUUUCUAAACGUCAAAGGAAGAAGUUAGAGAAACACAAAAAAUUUCUGGAAAAUCGAGCGGUUAAAAGAAAAAAAGAACGAGAAAUUCAAAAGCUAAAACGGAAGCUAAAUAAGGACAAUGAUAAGCCCAACCGUAAAUUUCUUAAGUCUCAGAAAAUGGCAAAUAGUAGUUGUAAAACAAGGAUCGUUGUUGAUUGCUCUUUUGAUGAUCUUAUGAGCUGUAAGGAUUUAGGUAAAUGCACCAAGCAGUUAAACUUCUGCUAUUGUGUCAAUCGGCGAGCAGCAAACCCUGUCCAGUUUUACGUUUGCGAUUUCAAUGGCAAAAUAAAAAAAGAAAUGGAAAAAAAUGAAGGUUUUGGGAACUGGGAUGUUCAUUUUGAGUCAGAUCCUUACGACAAGGUCUUUGCCACCACGAAGAAAGAGGAUUUAGUCUAUUUAUCAAGUGACUCCGACAAUGUAAUCGAGGAAUUAAAUGAGGAGAAAAUUUAUAUAAUCGGUGGUCUGGUGGACCAUAACUCUCAUAAGGGGCUGUGUCUUAAAAAAGCUAUGGAUCAAGGUAUCUCUCAUGGAAGACUUCCCAUUGACUCUUUUCUUAAACUAAAAACCCGGAAAGUCUUGACUGUUAAUCAUGUUUUCCAAAUUUUGGUAGCGGUCUGCAAUGGAUCCUCGUGGAAAGAUGCGUUUGUUCAAAUUAUUCCAAGUCGAAAGCAAGUAGGAGCUACUGAAACUGAACCUAAAGCCAAAGACAUUGGGAUGGAAGUGGUCGAAAACAACACCACAGACAACACCAGUGACAUGCCACCAGAUGAAUUAGACAAUCUCCCUUCCUCUAAAACAAACACAGACGAAGAUAAUCGAUAAAAUUAUUUUCUCUACAUUCGUUUUAAUUUGGCUCUCAAAAUUAUCUAAAGAACGGUUAUUUUCAGAGUUAUUUUGAUCCUAUGGGUCAAUUUUACCGUAAGUAAAUUUCCACUGAAGUGAAUACAUCUGCUUUAAGAUUCAGAUUAAGCGGCACCAUCCGGGAAUUUUGUGAAAAGGAGUGUGCUGACACUUUUUGAAAACAGACAUUUUCAAAAAUCAAAAUUGUGUCGCACAUUUUUUUCCUAGCCCUCUGCACUAAUAAAAGUUGAAUCUUGUCUUUUCACCCGCAAAAUUAAGCAAUUGAAUCAAACAUCAAUCCAUCCCAGUUUUUACUAAAUAAACAAUUUUGUUUGAAAAGAUUGUAUAAGAGCAUGUAGAUUUUUGUCGGAUGUUAUCUUUCCUGCACCUCGUGAAAGAGCGCAUUACUUCCUCACAGUUACCGCACUGCAGAGGUACCAGGCCUCUGCAUUUGGUUAAUGUAAAUCCUUCUAAAAAUAACGUUUAAAAAGACAGCUACUGCUUUUUAAUUUGCAAUGUAAGUGCAUUUUUGUAUGCAUGUAAACUGACUUUCAAUGUGCCUAAAACAGGAGUAAAAUUUUCUUCAGAUUUCUAACUUCUAAUGCACCUUUGGAUUUUGCGUAGAGUACAUAGAGUUGUAAUGUAAGUGGGAGAGCUGGCGCCAUGUUCUACUAGACAAGUUCCGAGCCCGGUAUGUGGGUCAUUUUUUCGAUACAUAUUUGAUCCAAAAUGGCGGUGUGGAAUAUGGCCGGGUCCCUGUGCAUCGCAAACAAUCGAUUAUGUAUCGAAAAAGGGACCUGGCGCCGCACAGGAAUCUUGGAAUUUGGGUCCUGGAAAUUGCUUAGAAGUGGCGCCAGCUCUCCCACUUAUAUUACGACUCUAUGUACUCUAUGGGAUUUUGUUGUAUCUAUUACUAAGAUGUAUUGUUUUGUAAUGUCUAAUACGUUAUUGAAAAAAAUUUCUCAUUUCUCA